UGCUCUUGCAGAGUCACUCCAUGUAGUUCGAGUGUAAACAGGAGAUUAGAAGAACAAUCUAGAACUAAUAUUUAUUAUUCUUGUGCGAAGUUUAGCUAAUAAUUACUGUACGGAGAAACCUGUAUUUGUUACAUCUUCAAUACCAAUUCUAGCACCAUUGACGAUUCCGUUGUAUAAAAGCCGCAUUGAGUCAUCUCUGAGACUAGUUAGCUUGUUAACAUUAGCUGCUAAAGAUUUUUUUUGUUUGUUUAAUUUUAGUAUAGUUAACGCCGGAGGCUGUGGUUGAAUGACCAGGCGUUCAAAAAGCCUCAAGUCUGGAGUCCUUAAAACUUCUGAGGCCCUGUCAGGCACCACCAUGGACACUGUGAAUAUGGGAGAGAAAGACUGUGAGGAGGAAACACUACAGACUGCCUUCAAAAAACUACGUGUAGAUGCUGAAAGCUCUGUGGCUGCAGUGCAUGUGAGCGAGGCUUUGACAUCCAGAGCCGGAACCAGAACCAACACAGAUGGAGCAAAACCCAAAAUUACUUCCCCUAAAGAGAAUUGGCAUGGAUGCAGCCGAAAGUCCUCCAGGGGCUUGGCAAGAAACCAGAGACGGAGAAGGUCCAAGUCUCCCAUCUUGCACCCACCAAAAUUCACCUACUGUAGUUCUAAAAUGCAAUUCAAACACAAGAGCACCACAGAGCGUGAGGAUGCCAGCACCUGCCUGCUUUUUCCUGCUAAGAAGGAUCUUUUGUCCUCCCAUACCCCUUCACCUAUCUUUGGUUCCAUGGGUUGUGACUCCAGUAUUGCUUUGGAAAGCAAGAUUUCCCCUCUGAACAGAGUGGCACCAUUUGGCAAUGAGGGCAGCUUGGAGAACGAAAAGACCAACAUUUCUUUGGGGGAGGCUCAAGUUCAAGCAGCUGACUUUAAAUCUCUUUGUCAGCUUCAGGAGAAUGGUGUGUGCCAGUGCACCAGCUGGCAGGGCAUGGAGGUCUACUCAUUCACUGGCCUACGUGAUGUCAUUUCUGAAUGUGAAAGGAACCUGCCUAUCUCUUUAGAUGCAGCUCAGAACACCAGAACAGUAAAUGCAUCAUCAAUGUCCAGCUCACUGCGAUCCUGCUCAGAACAGGCGCGUGUGUAUGUGGAUGACAUCACAAUAGAAGAUCUCUCAGGCUACAUGGAGUAUUACCUCUACAUCCCUAAAAAGAUGUCACACAUGGCUGAAAUGAUGUACACUUAAACAAGAUUGUUUUUCAGGUACAUAUACAGUACCAGUCAAAAGUUUUGAUACCACCUAAUUCAAUGGCUUUUCUUUAUUGUUAUUUAAGACAUGCAGCGUCUUAAAGUAAUCAUGGACUGUCAUUUCUCUUUACUUAUUUGAGCAGUUCUUGACAUAAUAUGGAUUAAUACAGUUGUAGGGCUAUUUUUAGGCUGUAUUUUUGUUAUUCACUUUUUACUGUUUGGUCUCAAAUGCAUGAAGAAGGCAAGAAAUUUCACUAAUUAACUUUUGACGAGGCACACCUGUUAAUUGAAAAGCAUUCCAGGUGACUACCUCAAGAAGCUGGUUAAAAUAAUGCCACUAGUGUACAAAGCAGUCACCAAGGUAAACGCUGGCUACUUUGAAGACUCUAAAGUAUGAAACAUUUUGGAUUUUUUUUUUUUUUUGUACAAUUUUUUUGUUUACCACAUAAUUGCAUAUAUUAUAUGGAAACGAGUGUUUUAUUGGGAAAUAUGGCACUCGUAGUUUUCAUACAUGCUACAUCUGGGACAUGGAGCUCCAAAACCAUGACAUGAAUACAUGUCACUCGCGAGGAAGUUAAUGAAUUGGUUUGAAAAAUUGGGGUACUCCUUUGUUUGAAUGUGUGUAGAAAAAGCAUUACACGUUGGCUUGAAAGUUAUGAAGUUUAUCUUCUCGUGUUUGGAAAAACUCGCAUUUUUCAUAUGAAAUGCAUCGCGGCUCUGCAUGAAAUAUUUUCCAAUAUUUCACUCCAGUGACGUCACUCCCAAUGUCUUCCCGCUGAGUAUAUGCACAUUGUCAAAAUGUCAAACCAGUUCAAAACUAAAAUUCUUUUGAUUAACUUGGUGGGUUUUUUUGUUUGUUUUUUUCUUUUUUUUGAAUGUGUCCAUAUAAAGAACAUUUACAUGGUGGCGUGAAGAUAUGAAGUUUUAUGUUGAAAAUAUUUUCACUUGUUCGCUUUGCCUCACUCGUGAAUAUAUUCGCUAUUCGAAGAUGGUCAUAUUUUCAUGCAACCAUGUAAUAUCUUCUGUGUACGUUCCAUAUGUUAUUUAAUAAUUUUGAUGUCUUCAGUAUUGUUCUACAAUGUAGAAAAUAGUCAAAAUACAGAAAUACCUAUGAAUGAGUAGGUGCAUCCAAACUUUUCACUGGUACUCUAAUUGGUUUAACAAAAGCUGCAUACUGAUGCAUAUAGUGCAUGGGACAAUUAAAGGUAAGCAGUGGGGCACAUGUAUCAUUAAAAAAUAGACUGUUUAUGGAAAUUGGGUAGGCAAGAAGUUAUUAGGCAUGACGUUUGACUCGUGGUAUUGCUUUUCCAGGUCUUUUCCUUCUCAAUUUCUCAGUGUUCCAUUGUUCGAUAGACUAACACUCAGUGAGAUUUGGAUUUGUCCCCUGUGGGUUGGUUGUUUUUUCUUUUCUUUCUGAUUACUUUUUUCUGGUAUACAUGCCACAUUGCCAAAGUUCUCUUGCAGGAACUGCAGGGUUUGAUUUUAUUGGUAUAUGCAAAAAUGCCACGUAAUAAUGAUCACCUUGUUUUCUUUAAAUUGUAAUAAAACCCUUUUUGUUGUUAAAA